CUCUUCCACACGCGUCGCCUCCCUGUCCAACAACUAACCUUUUGAUUGCUUUCGCGUUCGCAUACACCUUGCUACAAAUGCUACCAUGAUCACACAACUUGACUCCUCCACCGUCCGACUCAUCACCUCUGGCCAAGUCGCCAUCGACAUCCCCUCCAUCCUCAAAGAACUCAUCGAAAACUCUAUCGACGCCUCUGCAACCUCCAUAACAGUAACCCUCGACAAUAACGGCCUAAACGCUAUCGUGGUCAAAGAUAAUGGACACGGUAUACCCAAGGAGGACAGGGAGAGUAUGGCGUUGAGGUAUCAUACGAGUAAGUUGAGGAGUUUUGAGGACUUGAGGGGCGUUCGGACGAUGGGGUUUAGAGGGGAGGCGUUGGCAAGUUGUGCUCAGGCUGGUCAACUUACCAUCACGACGCGUACGAAGAAGGAUCCUGUGGCUACUAUAUGCGAGAUUGACAAGCAGGGCAAGAUAAAGAGCGAAAAACCCAUCGCAGCUGAUACCGGCACGCAAAUCCUCCUCCAAAACCUCUUCACCCACCUCCCCGUCCGCCGGCAAACAAUGCAAAAACGCGCUUCAUCCACGCCCGCCUCCGUCAAGAAACUCCUCACGACCUACGCACUCGCAUACCCCACCAUCAGGUUCGGGUUGCAGCUGCGGAAUAAGGGGAAGAGAGGGACGGGGGGUGAUUGGGUUGUUAGUGCGAGUAGGAGUGUGGAGGAGGUUGUGGGCAAGGUUCUGGGUAAAGGGGUUGUAAAGGAUUGUGUGUGGCUCGAAGAAGAGGAUGCUGCUUCUGGUGUUCGCAUACAAGCCCUCCUACCCAAACGUGAAGCCAAUCGAAGCGUGGUCGGUGGGAAAGGUCACUUUCUGUACAUCGACUCACGCCCUGUUUCCUCGACCCGCGGUGAUUCAAAAACGAUCAUCGCACUCGUGAAAUCUUACUUCAAUAUCGGAGCAGCGACGGCUGCUGAUCCGUUUGUGUGGAUGAAUAUUAUUUGUCCGCCAGGGUAUUAUGAUCCAAACUUGGAGCCUGCGAAGGAUAGGGUCAUGUUUGGGGAUUCUGCGGAGGUUAUUGGGAUUGUUGAAAAAGUGUUGGUAGGGGUUUAUGGGGAGCGACCAGAGCAGGAGAAGGUUGUGAAACAAACGAAUACACCGGCUGUGAGAACUACGGGAGUAAUUUCGGGAGGGAGGGGUGCGUUUGGGUUGUUGAUGAAUAGCAAUGGGAUCAAUGCGCUUGAGCGGGAGGAGGAGCAAGAGCAAGUUGUCGAGGAGGAGGAGGAAUAUGUGCUGGAAAUUGGCGGCGGCGUCAAGGAAGAUUUGUCGAGUCCCGUUGGCGUGCCCGCAUCUGCGGAGACCGUUGCUGGAGAGAGGCUACCUGAGCUUCCGUUAGCUGAGGCAGAUGUGACAUCAACCGUUGCGAUGGGGGUACAAAUCUGGGUUGGGGCUGCUAACGCGCAGGAAAUGCGGCAGCCUAUGCAGCGGAAAGAGAGUGUCGUGUGGAAGUUUUCCAUGUACGACGCAGACGAAAUCUCAGACAACGAUGAGCCGCCUCGCAAAACCGCCCCAGUACCCGGAGUUGCGCCUCCGGAUACUAACGUUCUAAUCGAUGAGGCAGAGGAGGAUGUGGGCCCCGUCGUCCCCCAGAACCCUUGGACACUAGCCAAGAUGAAUUCUCGCGUCCCAUUACCACGCACGGAUGAGCCGGCGACACCAGCGGCCGCUUCUGAGCGUAGGCCGUUCACGGAGGUGCAGAAUGUUGCUAUACCAUACGGGCAACCCACGCCUCCGCAGAGUGAGAUAUGUCCGGCGAGGGUACAGCCUGUCGAGAAGGGUACUUCGAGUUUGGAUGCGUGGAUGGGUGGACGGCCCACAGCAAAGCAGCCUACGAGCAGGCCGACCCGUGGGGUGCCUGUGAUGCAGGAUGGCGAUGAGGAUGAGUUCCUUCCACCGCAGCCUCCUCGUCCGCUCUGCCGAGCUGUUGUGGAUGAUGAAGCCUACGAAAACGAACUUCCGAGAAACCAACAACAGAAGCGGAGAAGAAUGGCACAGAAUGAUGACGAUGUCGGUGUCAUGGAAGCUUUCGUGCGUCCGAGGGAUGUGGGACCGAGUUCUUCGCCGCAUGAGAAUCGGAGGAGGACGGCGACGGCGGCACUUUCUUCCCAGGUUCCGGUUGAGGUGGCGGAGCUGGAUGUUCCUAUUCCGGCAGUGCGUGUUGAUAGACCUCAAGGACGUCUAAGUUUCCCGGCCUUUGAGCCUCCUCGUCCGAUAGACCGACCUCCGCCCGUGUUCAAUAAAGAAGAUUCGCCGGUCGAGGAGCCGUCUUCUGCUUUCGCUGCGCCGCCGGUUGUCGCUAUUCAGCGUACGCAGACAUCAAGCCUACCGCUCGAGUCUACUGUCAGUAAAGACAUGGUCCAUGACCUCCAUGUCACACUACCUACCGAUAUCCAAAGUGUCUGUGCAGAAUACAACACUUCCGGCGUGCACGAAUACAUUAUCGAAGACGACGAAGUCUCCCGUCCAACCCAGGCAAAGACAACCACCUUCUCCGAUAACUGGGAAGUUGUGGGCAAGAUCAACAAGACAAUAGCACUCCUGCGGGGCCGUGGUGAGGAUGGAGCGGUUGGUGGAACGUGGGUUAGUCGGAUGCAGGAAGGCGUGAAUUGGGAGGAGUUCUGUUUGGGGGUCGUGAGGUUGGCUGUUUCUGCGGGAUCUAUUGAGGUUGGGAUUGAGGCUACUGAUGGGAAUGGGGGGAGGUUGCCGGUUAUGAGGGUGUGGUGAGCGAGAUGUUAAGUAGCUGGGCUAAUAUACCAGAGGCGGACAUUUAUGGAAGCUACGGCGUUAGUGAGAGAUACCCAA